UUUGUGACAAUAUGUAACAUAAUUCAAACCUUUUUUCAACAUAACCUUCCCAACAAAGUGAUCAAUUUUUUGAAUUACCGCCAUUGUAGGGAAUUCAUAUUCGCAGUUGGUAUUAAUGCAAAAUGGCGUCGGAGAAACCCGGGAGCGUUGAACAAGAUCAAGCCAAUGCACUGAAGGAACUAGAAGCUAGUUUGUAUAGCAUGGAAAUUUUGGAUAGGGCUUCACCGGAGUUAUGGCCUGAAAAAUUUCCUGGAAUGUCAGAAUACGCGAACGGUUUGACCCCUCUCAGCACAACAAAACUUCCAUAUUCAAAGGAAUUGAAUCAGGAAGACCAAAAUUAUAUGCACCAAUUGGCCUCUUUACCAACAGCAGAACUUAUAACUAGGGUGAAGCAGUUACAUGAUAUUGCUUAUCAGUUGGGUGUAGAAGAAAAGAAUGAAGUGACUAGGGGAAAGUAUUUGAAUUUGUUCAAUAAGAAACGAUCAAAGAGUUGAAGAUGUACUAGACUGAUCAUUAUACAGUGAAGAGAAGACUUCAGAGGUAUAUCGUGUUGCUGUGUGGUGAAUAUGAUCCUCCACAAUCAUCAUACUUGUUAUCUCAAUAGUAUUUGAAAAAAUUUUUUCUUUGAUAUUCAACUUGCCCUCUGUAAAGACUGAGUUGAGUUUCAUGUAAUUUUUAGUUUUCCAAUUUUCUUGUAAGAAUAAUUUUCAAUUAUAUAUUAUGAACUUUGCUACAAGAAAAUGAUUAUAUAUAUGAAAAGCAACUCGUAAGUCCUUGAAAAAUUGUUAUUAUAGAUUUAAUUUCUAUAAAUGUUGUGAAUAAAAUGUAUAUAUUAAACACUUACAGCGAA